GGGCGGUUCCCUGCGGCAGUAGGUAGUCGGGCUCCGGGGUCCCGUCUGCUGUUGUACAGCGCCGUCAGCCAUGCUGUGCUGCCUCUCCCGGGCCGUGAAGGCGGCCGUGGCCAUCGCGGUGCUGGGCGUCCUGCUGCAGGUCAUCCGAGGCUGGCUCAGCUCCAAGUCCUAUGUGUUCAGCCGGGAGGAGAUUGCCGGCCUGGCCAAGGAGUACUCGGGUGUGGACUAUGAAGUUGCCUUCUCCAAGAUCAUCCUGGAGCUGCGGAAGAAGCACCCGGGGCACAUCCUGCCGGACGAGGACCUGCAGUGGGUGUUUGUGAACGCGGGCGGCUGGAUGGGCUCCAUGUGCCUGCUGCACGCCUCGCUGACUGAGUACGUGCUGCUCUUCGGGACGGCGGUGGACACCAGCGGGCACUCAGGACGCUACUGGGCAGAAAUCUCUGAUACUAUAUUAUCAGGAACCUUCCGGCAGUGGAAAGAGGGGACAACGAAGAGCGAGAUCUUCUACCCUGGAGAUACCAUUGUGCAUGAAGUGGGGGAGGCCACGUCCGUUCAGUGGACUGCGGGCACCUGGAUGGUGGAGUACGGCCGCGGGUUCAUUCCUUCCACCUUGGGUUUCGCUCUGGCGGACACGUUCUUCAGCACCCAGGACUUCCUCACCUUCUACUACACAGUGCGGGUGUACACCAAAGGCUUACUGCUGGAAGCGCACACCUACCUGUCCGACCUGGGGGUCUUCUAAGAACGUCCCUCCUGGAGGUGAGACCACGGGCGGCACCAGCAUUUACCCGAAGAUCAUCCAUGUCUGAGGAGCGACCAUCGUCAUCUCAUGGGUCUGGUCCUGUCUGGACGCGAUGUGGGAGGACCCCGCAGAGCAGAUCGCCAUAUCCGUCCAUCUGCGCGGUCGUCAUCGGCGCUGUGCCCUGGAGAAUCGCGUCCGAUAAUCCACAAUUCCCAAACCGUGUUAAUUACUGUGAUCCGAAAUCAGAGGCCCCUUCUCUAUGGGGGGACAAGAUGGAAGCUCGCGUCCUCGCAUUAAUCGCCUGAAGACUUACAGACUCGUUUUAUCAGUCACCUCCCAAAUUAUCCGAUUAUUUUUAAUAAAUCAUGAAGACCUGCGCUAUUUCUACAGAA